AUGUCCAACCCUGCCAGAUCUCUCGAGGAGGUAAACAGCGAUAAAUUGGAGGAUGCCACGGCUACAGCAAUCGAAGAUGUGACUUCCUAUACAGAUAGGGCAAGGAAUCAGGGAGGAGAGCAUGAACUAAACCUACGGAAGAUCCUUCGUCAUCAUCCAGCCUUGGUGUGGUGGUCCUUCUACUGGGCUAUGACCGGCGUGGCCUGGGGCUUCGACGCCCAGAUAAACGGAGCCGUCAUUUCCGUGCCUUCGUUUCGCCUUGCUUUCGGAUAUGAGAGCCAUGGUGAAGUGAUCCUGCCAGCUCGGUGGCAGACAGCCUUCAACACCGUUGGUAGCGUGGGCCAGUUCUUCAGCUGCUUCAUUUGCUCGAUACUGAGCGAUCGUCUGGGGCGCAAGGGAGCUCUCCUUGUGGGCCUCGUCAUAUUGACCGGAGGUAUCCUAGGUGAAAUGUUUGUUAGUGUACCUGGGGGGUUUGUGGCCGUGAAACUCAUUCUUGGCUUCGGUCUGGGUUUCCUUCUUACUUUAGGCCCGCUCGCAACAUCAGAAAUCUCACCGGUAGUCCUGCGUGGUGUUACCACGGCCGGUGUGAACUUGGGUAUCGCUAUUGGACAGCUCAUAUCCAGCGGUGUCAUCAAAGCAUUUGGUUUACGUACCGAUGAUUGGGCAUUCCGCGGCCCCUUUGCUGUACAGCUCUUUUUUGUGGUGUUUUUGCUCGCUGGUCUGCCUUUUGCCCCAGAGUCCCCAUGGUAUCUCGUGCGCAAGGGCCGAAGACAAGACGCAACCCGAUCAAUGCAACGGCUUUACGGACCUGAGGUUGAUGUGGAGGUCAUGCUAGACGCUAUUGAGCAUACGAUUACCGAGGAACGUGAAACGUCACCAGAGAAUGAGGUGUCGUGGAAACAAUGCUUCCGUGGCACCGACCUUCUCCGCACAAUGAUCAGUAUGGGCGUUUUUGUGUGUCAACACUUUGCCGGCAUCAUCUUCGUUCUUGGCUAUUCGACCUACUUUUUUGAACUAGCCGGCCUCCCAAACUCACAGAGCUUCGAUUUGGGCGUUGGUGUAACCGCUUGCGGCGUCCUUGGGAAUAUAAUGAGCUGGUUCAUCGUCAAUUCAGUCGGCCGACGCAAGAUUUUCCUCACUGGCCUUGUGUCCCUAUUUGUAAUCCUUAUACUUAUCGGUAUUAUGGAUGUUGUGCCAACCUCUGCAGCAAAAUGGGUCCAGUCUGCAGUUACCGUCAUCUACAACUUCAUAUAUUUCGCCACUCUUGGGUCUAUGGCUUUCACUAUCCUCGGUGAGACGAGUAGUGCUGCGCUGCGCGCUCGAACAACUGGCCUUGCUACUGCCACUCAGGCUAUCAUGGGUAUCAUCAUGAAUUUCGCUUGUCCAUAUAUGGUCAACCCCGACGAGGGCAAUCUAAAAGGCAAGGUGGGAUUUGUUUUUGGGGGUCUUUGUGUCUUUGCGGCCGUUUGGAGCUUCUUUUACGUUCCUGAGCUCAAGGGUCGAUCUGUUGACGAGAUCGAUCGAUUAUUCGCUCUUCGUAUUAAGCCACGCCGAAUGGGAUCUUAUAGGCUCACAUGA